GUCAAAGAAGUAACUUCAUUCCCGGACAUCACUGUCAAGGUGGUGCGGAGCUUUCCGGACCUGGAUGUCAAGAUCGUGCGCUCCUUUCCGCACUCCUGUGGGGAGUGGAAAAUGGUCUCAAGCUUUCCAGACUUCACGGUCAAGUUUGUGACGAGCUUCCCGGACAUCAGUAUUCGCUAC